CGUCGCUUUGAAAACAAACCGCUGCAGACACUUAAAAAGAGGGCAAGAACCAGGCGUGGCCAGAUGCAGGCAUCUGGUGAAAGAAUGAAUGCUGAUGACUGCAAUGGUUGCUCUCAUGCAUUAGGCAAUGGUGAAGAGGUAUCGACAGAGCAGGACUUUUACAGCCCUAAUAGUCAACAGUCCUUGACCCGUUGCUCCUUUACGGCAAACUCCAUCAAGGUGGAGCUGUGCAGUGGAGAUAAAUCACCGCAGCCAAACAACAGAGGAAUUGGGGAUGACAGAGUAGAGCUAAUGGAAGAAGGGAGUGCAGACCAUGCUGGGCUCGAACAAAAGAAUCUUUACGGUGAGUUGGCCACUUCGAAAACUGCUUCGCCUGGACCCAUCCGACUUCCGAGUGGAAAGCUCCAAUGUGAUGUGUGUGGGAUCAUCUGCAUUGGACCUAAUGUGCUGAUGGUGCACAAGCGAAGCCAUACAGGUGACGAGACCCUGUGAACGGUUAGCGCUUAUGAAUGAAAAGGGCAUUGUGUUUGAAGGCUUUUAUGCCACAAUGUGUUGUUCUUAGGUGAGAGGCCUUUUCAGUGUAACCAAUGUGGAGCUUCCUUCACGCAAAAGGGCAACUUGUUACGCCACAUCAAGUUGCAUUCUGGAGAGAAACCUUUCAAAUGCCCCAUUUGCAACUAUGCUUGCCGGAGGAGGGACGCCCUAGCUGGACACCUACGGACACAUGCAGAUUCUUCACCACUGGGGGGAAAGCCUUUCAAGUGCAUCUACUGUAGUCGUAGCUACAAACAACAGAGCACAUUGGAGGAUCAUUUUGACCAAUGCCACAGUUUUCCCAAGAGGCAGGACCAGGAGGCAGCAGUCAACACAAAGACAGUCCAACAGGAUGAUCAGUCUCUAAAAAUGGAGACAAUGGCUAAACCGACGCUGGACAUGCCAAAUGAGAAACCACGUUUUGCAGAUAGAUUAGCUGGUAGCAUUACCAAGCGCAAGAGGUCAACGCCACAGAGGUUUCUGGCAGACAAGCACAUCCAUCUUGACCUGCUUGAAGUCCCUUGUGAUUUGUCGCCUGGUUCUGAGAGGGAAGGCGAGCAUCUGAACCCCCAGCCAGUUGGUGACUCCACUGGUUUGAGUGGGAAAAACCUAAAAGACUCCAGCAGCAAACGUGGAAACAGUGCCCUCCAUCCUGCCUUCUUGUCUGAGCUGAACACCAUUAUGAACUCCACUAACAGUAAUGUACCUCCUCAAGGAGCCCCCGGUGGACUCUCAAUGGUUUCUCUUGGCCUAUCUGGUCAAGAAGCAGGUGAAGGAUGUGAAGCUCACCCUUCAGUUCAUAGCCACACAACCUCACCCAACGGAUGUCCCGACUCUACAGACACCGAGAGCACAGCAGAAGACCUCAGCACAAGGGCUGCAGUCCACACACGUACCUCCACCAACAACCAGCAUCUCCACUACCAAACCCGAGCGCAGCCCCACAGCCUUUCCACCACUAGUCUCAGCCAGGCCAAAGAGACGGACCCAGAAUGGGACAGGGUGUGUCCUUCACCCCCCACACCAGUGAAGAGGAUCGCUGGUUCACCGCUCCCCUCCAGGGAGAAAGUGCAGGUGUUGGACAGGGACGGCCAGCCCGUGCGCUAUUUUCACUGCCUCCACUGCCGCAUCCUCUUCCUGGAUCACGUCAUGUUCACCAUUCACAUGGGCUGUCAUGGCUUUCACCAGCCCUUUGAGUGCAACAUCUGUGGCUACCGCAGCCGGGACCGCUACGAGUUUUCCUCGCACAUGAGUCGGGGAGAGCACCUGCUGUCCUAA